AUGGGUCUCGGUAUGGGCCUGGGAACACCGCUGUCAAUGCCGACGUCCGAGGGUGCAUCCAUGCCCCCAUCCUCUACCAUGAUGGAGAUGGCGGGCUUUCAGGCCUUGCAGCCUCACCAGUUUCACCAUUUCAACCCCUUCAUCCAGGCUCCUCCGCCUCAGCAACAAUCCUUUGCGCCGUCGACGUUUGUGCAUCAGGACACCGGCUACGAGACGAUGGACCAUGACGGCUCGCCAAUGGAUUCGGAUCCGUCAGACGAACGUAUGGUUUCCUUGGACGGUACAUUACACCAUGGGUCUCCGUUGGUCGGUUUCCAGCCCCAGCAGCAUCAGCAACAGCGACAAUUUACCGGCAUGUCAAUGGCCGUCCCUCUGCCGGCCUCGGCAGAGAAGUUUCGGUUCCACGCGACUCUGAACGCUCCGACCGCCAUGAUCAAACACGCAGACGAGAUUCCAGUAACGUAUCUCAACAAAGGCCAGGCCUAUUCACUCUCUAUCGUUGAUACCAAUGCGGCGCUUCCUCUUCUUCCCGGCACGAGAUAUCGGACAUUUGUGCGCAUUUCUUUCGAAGACGAGCAACAACGACUGAAACCCGGCGUUUGUUGGAGCUUGUGGAAAGAGGGGAGGGGCACGAACGAAGCUCAUCAGCGUGGAGGGAAAUUGCAGGCCGUUGAGUAUGUCGAGACAAAAGAUGCUGCACACGAAGGCGAUGACAGGCGAACCCGCACCGAGCUGGAUACCUCCUCAUUCGACGGCUUCUCGGUCAUAUGGACACCCGGAGCGAAUGGCGGGCCUGAAUGCAAUAUUGCCGUUCGAUUCAACUUCCUGUCGACCGACUUUAGCCACUCCAAGGGCGUUAAAGGCAUACCCGUGAGACUCUGCGCCAAGACCGACCUAUUACCCGCCGACUCUGCACAACCUGCAGCCGAUGCGACACCUGAGAUAUGCUUCUGCAAGGUCAAACUGUUCCGAGACCAUGGUGCCGAGCGCAAGCUUUCCAACGACGUGGCUCAUGUCAAGAAGACUAUCGACAAGCUGAAGCAGCAAAUCGCUCAAGCAGAGAGCGGAUUGAAGGACUUUGGAAAGCGAAAGCGGUCUUCGGCAGUACACAUCAAGUCCACAGGAUCAGAAAGGCCCGGUAAAGUCCAAAAGCAUAAGCGAACCUGGUCCAUGUCUUCGGCGAGUUCGGCAGGUGGCGGUGGAGGACGUCCUCCCGUUGAAGAGGAACUCCACUUUAAACUACAGUCGCUACAGGAUAUGUUCACCAGCACUCGACCUGUCAGUGUCCUCUAUCUUCGCGGCGAGGACCUCGAUGACCCGGAUGCGCACCCCGUCUCGCUACCUCAAGAUUCUGCUGAUCUCACCAAGGUGGAAUCGAGAGAUAGCGCUCAGUGGCAGAUGCGUAGCGGACGCAGCUCCGUUGCGGGCUCAUCGAUGGUCUCGCCCUCGCCAAGUUCCCUCUCACUCGCAUCUCAAGCUUCGGCGGUACCCAACCGACAGUGGUCGGGCUUCGACAGCGAGGGCACGGGGCAGCGGGGUCUCGCCCAGGACAGCACCAGCCAACAAGGGUCGCUAAAGACAGACGACACAGGUGGCCUGAGCGGGCUGGAUCGAGGCUCUCGGUGUCGAUCCUUCUUACAGACCGCCGCCGGAACGCGUCACCAAGCCCGUCGCUUGCUUCUACGUCGCGCAGAAGAAACCUACCGGCACUGAACGACGCGAACUUCACAAGGCCAUUUACCUCGGCCAACGCACGCUCAAAGAUUUCAAUUUCCGAGUAGCCUCAAAAUGGAACCUGCAACCCUCGAGAGUCCUACGAACAAUCCACGUCCUGCAACAAGGACUCGAGGUUGAAAUCGAUGACGAUGUGAUCCAGGAACUCAAAGAGGGCCAAGACAUGACCCUGGAGGUUGUCGAAAUUGGCCCAGAGGCUGCUGUCCAGGUUAAGCGUGAAUGGGAAAUGGCUGUCGACCAGAACGACAACGAUACAGCAGCCUCGUCAACCCCACCUCAGGGCGGAUAUGAACUUCGACUAUCAUUCUGAUGCAAUACGAUAAGCGAGGCUUUCCCUUUCUACCUACAGCAAAUUAAGCACAGCGCGAGGUCCGCAACGGACCUCGUUCAUGCCCCGCUCCUUAUACCGCCAUGUGGACUUUCCCGGCUGCAGAUACACGUAAUACCUACUUGCACAUAGGUCGGUGGGACACGAUUGAUAACGGCGUUGCUCCCCAUUUCAUUCUUCUUUUCCCAAGAUACCAAGUCCCGCUAGGGGCAUUUAUUCUUCUUUUCUAAGCGUCCUACGGGACUUUUUUCCUCGGAGUCGAUACACUAGACG